AAAAUUUAGAUCUCCCUCCAAAUUGCAGAACCUUAUACAGCAUAAACGAAAACUUAUUGUUGACACAAUAGAAACACAGUUGUGACUUGUGAGACUCAACACAAAAACAGGGCCAUGUCGACAAAAGCAGACGAUUUAGAUCUCCUUCUUUCCCUCCAAGACAGGGUUUUAGAAACCCCACCUGCUUCUCCUUCCGCCCCACCCUCCGGGUAUUUAUCCGAUGAUGCAUCACCUAAGCGAGGGGGAGAUGUUGAUAUGUCUGUGUUCAGGAAUGCAGUCCAAGAUUGUCUCGAUUAUGAACCUGAAACCAGCAAGAAGGAGAUUAAAUCCAAAAACUCAACUAAUGGCAGUGUUGAGAAGUUUUCGGGGUUGCGAAUUAGGAACGAAUUAGUCUCUCCUGUGGAACUGGCAAACCGCUUUUCGGAUAUUCGGUUUAUCCGAUUACCAGCAAUAAAGAAGCUUCUUGUGGGGGAUACACUUUCUGGAUGCUGGGCAACUGUUGGAGUAUUAACUGAGAAAGGGGAACAAAGAAUGAGUUCCACAGGGAAGCCCUACUGUAUCUGGAAAGUUGGAAGCUUAGAUGAAGAUACUGCUUCUGUGUUCCUGUUUGGUACUGCUUAUCAGAAAAAUUCUAAAGAUGAAGUUGGUUCAGUUUUUGCUUUUCUCAGUUGCGGUGCUCGCAAGGAUAAUUCGAAAGUAGGUUGUUCUUUGAGUGUGUACAAUGCUAGUCAAAUAUUAAAAUUGGGCACAUCUGUCGAUUAUGUAGUUUGCAAAGGCAACGAUUGCAAAACUGUGAUCAAUAGGCGCCAGGGAAUAUAUUGCAAAUACCAUAAAUUGAAAGCAUCUGAGAAGUAUACGAAUUCAAGAACAGAACUCAAAGGAGGGAAUUUAAGAAUGUCCUUGAACAAUCAUCACAAGUCCGAAGGUAUAUAUGUAGUAGAUCCACAUGCUCAGAAAAAAAAUUUAGCAAAGCCAAAUCAAGUACUGUCGGUAGAAGGACUGAAAAAGGCUUUAAGUAAUGCAGGUAGAGUAACAACAAAUGAAUACUCCCAAGGAAUCAGGUUCCUUACACAAAUUACAGCAAUGGGGGAUUCAAAAACUAUAAAAAGAGGUCCUGCACUAAACAAGCCACUACAUUCUGCACAAAAGAGGUCAUCAUCAUCGUUUGUGGGAUCGGAAGUGCCAGUAAAAGGAACAAGUCAACCUCUGAAUGCGAAAAGAACAAAAACUGAGAAAAGGCAGCAUUCACCAAAGGAAACCAACCAGACCAAAGAAAAGAUGAUUGAACUCGAAUUCGUUAGUUCAGAUGAAGAAAUCUGAGUCGUGAACCGUGAUAGUAAGCAAUUUAUGUUCUCAUUUGAAAUUCAUCUUGAGGGAACAUAAAAAGUAAUGGUCAAGAGUGCAGCUUAUUGCACUGCAGCUAUAAAGAAAAGGCUAAGUGGAUGGAAUGUAGUUUCCAACUUGGACUUUCUCCUAGUUGUAUAGCAUUUUCUUCAAAGUAAACGGGUCUGCUAUGAUAACUUCUGGACAUCGUUUUCACCAGACUAAAACAUCCCUAUUCAAGUGGAACUUAAAAUUUUAUGGUAACUUUCUAAUGUUGGCAUAAUAAGCGUAGUAGAUGCUCAAUUUUGUAAGUUCUCAGUCUGCUUCUUUUCUUCUUCAUUCUUAAUUUUCUUUUUUUCCCCCUUUUUUGUGAAAUAGUCUGCUGCUUGCUUUUCUUUGUACUUGUAGAACUCUGAACUUUAAAGUACCUAAUUGAUUGA